AUGACCAAAGUAACUGCUUCUAUCGCCGUUAAUGCCCUUGUGGAUAUCGAUCCUUAUUUAGCACCUCAUGUUGAGGAGCUUGUCUAUAGACGAAAGCUUGCUGAUGAUUGGCUAUCCAAGUUCGACAAGGAUGAAGGAGGUAUUCUCAAAUUUGCCGACUCUUACAAGUCUAUGGGUCUUCACAUUCAGUCUGACAAUUCCAUAAAAUAUAAAGAAUAUGCUCCCAAUGCUGUUGCUGCUUGUGUAAUCGGAGACUUCAACAACUGGGAGCACGAUAAGCAUGUAAUGGAAAAGCAGGAUUUUGGCUUUUUCGAGAUUACUAUUCCCCCAAAUGCUGAUGGUUCCCCGGCUAUUCCUCACAAUUCUCGUGUCAAGGUAUUCUUUACUUUACCUAACGGCGAGAAAAUCGCUCGGAUUCCUCCUUAUAUUACUCGAGCAACGCAGCCACCUAAAGAGUACAAAAAUCCCACUUUUGAAGCUAGGUUUUGGAAUCCUCCUGUCAAGUACCAGUUCAAGAAUAAAAGACCUGCUCUGCCUACUUCCUUGAAGAUCUAUGAGGCUCAUGUCGGUAUUUCCACUCCGGAACCUCGUGUUGGUACCUACAAAGAAUUCACCAAAAAUCUACUUCCAAUCAUCAAGGAUUUGGGAUAUAAUACAGUCCAACUCAUGUCCAUUAUGGAACAUGCUUAUUAUGCUUCCUUUGGUUACCAAAUCACCUCUUUUUAUGCAACAAGCUCGAGGUUUGGAACUCCUGAAGAUCUCAUGGAACUCAUCGAUACUGCUCAUGGCUUAGGUUUACGUGUCUUAUUGGAUGUUGUUCAUUCUCACGCUUCAAAGAACGUUGAAGAUGGUCUAAACAUGUUUGAUGGUACCGAUUAUUGCUAUUUCCACUCAGGUGGUAAGGGUACCCAUGAUCAAUGGGACUCCCGUUUGUUCAACUACGGAAGCUAUGAGACCUUAAGAUUUCUUCUCAGCAAUUUGAAGUAUUACCUAGAGGAGUUCAAAUUUGAUGGUUUCCGGUUUGACGGCGUUACUUCCAUGUUGUAUAUCCAUCACGGUAUUGGCGAAGGAUUUUCUGGAGAUUAUAAUGAGUACCUAUCACCUUUUGCUCCAGUUGACAAAGAAGCUCUGACCUAUUUGAUGUUGGCCAAUGAUUUAUGCUCAACAUAUUCUCAGGGGGAGAAUUUUGAGAUUACCACCAUCGCCGAAGAUGUUUCUGGCUAUCCGACUCUAUGUAGACCACGCCUAGAGGGUGGUGUUGGAUUUGAUUAUAGGCUUGCCAUGUCUCUACCCGACAUGUGGAUUAAGCUUCUCAAGCACGAGAAGGAUGAAAACUGGAAUAUGACCAAGAUCUGCUAUACCUUGUCGAAUAGAAGAUACAAAGAGAAGUGUGUUGCUUAUGCAGAAUCGCAUGAUCAGGCAUUAGUUGGAGAUAAAACACUUGCGUUCUGGCUAAUGGAUGCUGAAAUGUACACUAAUAUGUCUCUUCUUACACCCCUGACCCCUGUCAUUGACAGAGGUAUUCAAUUACAUAAAAUGAUUCGUUUGAUUACGCAGGUUUUAGGUGGUGAAGCUUAUUUGAAUUUUGAAGGUAACGAAUUUGGACACCCAGAGUGGCUUGAUUUUCCCCGCCAGGGUAACGAUGAGUCCUACUGGUAUGCCCGUCGUCAAUUCAACUUGAUUAAGGACGACAUGCUUCGAUACAAACUCCUUUAUCAAUUUGACAAGGCAAUGAAUACCACUGAGGGAAGAUAUACCUGGCUUAAUUGCGAUCCAGCUUAUGUCUCGUUGAAGCAUGAAGGUGAUAAAAUGAUCGUCCUUGAACGUAACAACAAGUUGUUCAUCUUUAACUUCCACCCUACCAAUUCAUACACAGACUAUAGAAUUGGGGUCGAGAAAGCCGGUGCAUAUCGGAUCAUUCUUAAUUCAGAUCGAGCAGAAUUUGGAGGUCAUGACCGUAUAGAUGAACAAAAGUCGGAGUUUUUCACCACUGCAUUUUCUUGGAACAACCGUUCUAACUAUAUUCAGGUCUAUAUUCCGUCUAGAGUAGCUCUUAUUUUAGCGUUGGAGGAGGAAAUUAAAGAGAAUAACUGA